UAAGAAUAAUAUCAAUGCUACAUCCUAUGCUAAAAGUUACAUUUGUCAGCUGAUACUAACAUAAUGUUUAUUGUAGAUUUACCACCGAUACUGGGCGAAGAAAUCAUGAAAGAUAAUUCUACAUCAGCAAGUACCUCAACUGAAAAAGAAAUUGAGAUUGUGAUUGGCUGUACAGAAAUUGAAACGAGAAAUAGGCACUUGAAUCUGUACCAUGCUGCAUUUAGAGGCGAUUGGUACACAGCUGAAAGAAUUUUCAAGGAGAAUGAAAACGAUAUUACAGCUAAGCUAUCAAACGAAGGGGACACCGCUCUCCAUAUUGCAGCUGAAGCAAGGCGCACUACUUUUGUGGAAAAGCUGGUUGAAAAAAUGCAAAAAGAUGAUUUGUCAGUAAAGAAUAAUGCUGGCAAUACGGCCUUUUUUCUUGCAGCUUCGUCCAACAAGGUAGCGAUUGUCAAGGCUAUGAUGAAGAAGAAUGAAGAAUUAAUAAAGAAGAAAGGUGAGAAGGAUAUGUUACCACUUGUCAUGGCAGCUAUGAUGGGAAACAAAGAGAUGAUCGAAUACCUUUAUGAAGCUACUGGAGAAGAGUUACUAGAUGAUUCUAAUCGCAUCGAAUUGCUUGUCAAUCUGAUAAACCAUGGUUUGUACGAUAUUGCAUUGGAUUUGGUAGAAAGGGACCCAAAGAAGGCUAUUGCGCGAGACAAAAACCAGUUGACAGCAUUACAUCACUUGGCUAAAAUGCCUGUGCAGAAAUAUAUUUUCGAUUUCGACGGGAUUAGAGUUGGCGGGAGAUUACUGAUCAGACUUUGUAAUGAAGUGAAAAGAGAGGUGAAAAAGAGACGUAAUUCAGCAUUGAGGAGACAACGUGUGCAGGAUACAAACAAGCUCGGCUUGAAGGAUCGGAUAAAUGAGAGGGAGCAACGAUGGAGGGAUAGGAUGGGCUUGGAGUAUCGGACAGAUGAGGCGAUAUGCGAAGUGAAUUUUGCCAGUGAAAAGACUCUCCCUUUCGCUUUCGAGCUAGUCAAAUGCCUUUGGAAACAAGUUAUACAGUUGAACGACUCCGAAAUAUCUGAAAUUAUAAGAGAACCUUGGCCACUAAUGUUUGAGGCUGCAAAGCAGGGAAACGUUGUGUUUCUACGCAUAAUUUGGCAGACAAAUCCUGAUAUGAUGUUUGAGGUAGACGAAAAUAAUUACAGCGUAUUUCAUCUUGCUGUUAUACAUCGUUGCCACAGAAUUUUCUCUUUCAUUCAUCACAUGGGUCCAUUGAAGAAGGAUUUGAUAGUCCAGAAAACAGAUAAAGAAGGGAACAACAUAUUGCAUCUGGCUGCAAAGUUGCCAUCGCAAGAUAGGCCCGUCAUUGAAUUAGGUGGACCAGCUCACCAGAUGUGGCUAGAGCUGGUGUGGUUCAAGAAUGUGAAGACAAUGCUGCGUCCAGUGGAUGCUGAAGCACGAAAUAAAGAAGGCAAAACUGCUCGAGCUUUAUUUACUGAAGAGCAUAAAGAGUUAAGGAAAAAGGCUGAGAAAUGGACUAAGGAGAUUGCAAAUGCAUGCAUCGUGGCGGCAACACUUAUUGCCACCGUAGCUUUCACAGCAGCUUUAACAGUACCAGGUGGCACCAAUGAAGGCACUGGGACCCCACAUUUUGUUCAGAGAGCUUCCUUCAUAAUUUUUGCAGUAUCAGAUACUGCAGCGUUAUUAUUCUCCUCUUUAUCCAUAGUAAGGCUUAUAUCCGUUUUCUCUUACCCAUAUGAAGAUACAGAUUUCAACUCACGGUUGUUUCCUGAUUUAAACAGUGGAUUGGCCUUACUAUUCUAUUCAGUAGAAUUCAUGAUGGCAGGGUUUUGUGCAAAUAUGUUCAUUGUCUUCAAAGACGGCAUGCCAUGGAUUCCUAUACUUAUUACGGUAAUGGCUGCCUUCACAUCCUUCAUAAUCUGGAAUAAAUUUACUAUUGCCAUCGGAGACUGCGUGCGUUUUUCUGCUGGAAAGGAAGCAUUUGAAAUCGCACUGUCGCAACUUGACAUCUGAGUGUUCAUGUUUCAACCUUCUUGUUUACUUUAUUUAAUGAGGUUCAUUUUGUAUAAUAAACGAAUCGCUUCUUGUUUUCA